AUGGCCAUCAAGCUGGAUCCAAUGUGCGCGGAGACCUACAACAAACGAGGCAUCGUGCGGCAGGUUCUGGGUCGUGAGGAUUUCGACAUGGCAGACAAGUUGAGCCGAGACGAUCUGGAGCGCAGCCUGAAGAUCAAGGAACCACCCUACGCGUCCGAAGACCUCGAAGUGGCCAAGACUCUGAACAACCUCGCUUCUGCACUCGACACUCGAAAGGACCUUUCUCGAGAGCGCAGCCUCAAGAUCCAGAAGCAGUACUACCUGCCAGAACACCCUGAAUACCAGAAGGCGAAGGGACUGCUGGAUGCGCUGGACAGCCUGAGCGAUGUAUGCAAAGAGCUCGGAGACUACCCGAAGGCGAAGGAACUUCUGGAGCGGAGCCUGAUGAUUGAGGAUAUGGCGUUGCAGAGUCUCCGUGCCCGUCUCCAGGCCAGGGAUGUCGUCCGCUUCGAUGGGGGCGCGGAGGCACUGGAGCGGACCAUGCCGGCUUUCGUUCCAGGGCUUCCCGGACUUCCCUCCAUGAUGCCAGUGGUUCUGCAGCCUGCGUUGCUGAUGCCCGCGAUGCUCUCUUCCGUGCGUGCGAUUCCGGUGGUGAUGGUUGGUUUGCCUGUUCAGCAGAUCGAGAGCCAAAUCCCCCCUCGUGAGCUCUCACCGGUCGGGUCUGGGUUUUCGGAUGAUGUGGCGGCGGCUACUGCAUUCAGUGAGCACGCAUCAGAGGAUUCUUCAAGCACCACUUCCGACUUCUCGGAAUCGCCUGUGCUGGGCAAGGUCUGGCAGCUGUCGCAGAGGCAGAAGGGUUGCAGGAAGGUCCAGGAGGCCGUCGAUCAGGCUUGUAACGACCUGAGGAAGCAGAUUGCCAAGGAGCUCUCCGGACAUGUCGUGGCCGCAGCCCUGUCGCCCAAUGCCAACCAUGUCUUGCAACGUCUGGUGGCCACGCUCAGACCGCAUGACUGCCAGCCACUCAUUGAUGAGCUCUUGCAAGCCGGCGCGGCAACAGUCCUGGAGGUUGCCCGCCAUCAGUAUGGAUGCCGAGUGAUUCAGCGUUUGCUUGAACACUGUCAACAGGAGCAGAUGGAGGCAGUGGCAAACAUCUUGAUGUCCGAUGCGCUUCCUCUGGCACGUCAUGCCUACGGAAGCUUUGUCAUGCAGCAACUCCUGCGAUACGGCUCCCGUGCGCAGCAGCACAUCCUCUGUCAAUCAUUCAAGGCCAGUAUCCAGGAGCUUCUUUCCCACCAGGCGGCCUCUCCCGUCAUUGCGAAGGCACUCUCCCAUUCUUCGCCAGAAGACCAGGUGAGCCUGGCUCGAGCGGCUGUGGGCCGGCGCCUUGCCGAUGUGGCGAUCACGAGGUAUGGCCACGAAGCCGUGCAGAGGGUGCUGCAGGUGCUCGUUGGAGAGGACUUUAAUGCAGCAUGCGCGGCGCUUCGGCCACGUCUGGCGGCGCUUUGGGCAGCGCGCUACGGCCGUCUUGUGGUCAAGUCUGUACCGGAGCUUCACCGUCUCUGUGCGGGCAUGACCCGCUCGGAGGUGCGCGAGACUCGAUCCCGUGCCAUCAAAGCGGUGAAACCAUGGAUACAGCUCCUUGCGGACCGGCGACAGUGUCCCGAAGUCAGGAAGGCCAUGGAAGUUCUCCUGCAAGAGACGCGUGAGGAGUACGAGUCGACCCUGGAAAUGAAGACGGCCAAGGCUGAGGUGGUGCAGGAGCUGCAGGACCGAGCCAGCCAGCAGGAAUGGAUGCUCCGACAGCUGGCGGAUGCUGUGGAGAUUCUAGAAGAUGCCCUGCUUUGCACAACUACUGUCCCCAUGGACCUGGAGCUUUUCUUUACAGAUGUGCUGGCGCAGCCCGUGUCGGAGGAGCUCAGGACACGUGCCGUGUCCUGCUUGCGAGCACUCGCGCGCUGUGGCGCCGCCGCGAA